AUGGCCCACCAGUUCCAAGGCAUGGUGCUCGUUGACGGCGAGUGGGUGUCAAGACCAGGUGAUGUCUUCCAAGCCAUGGCUCGAGCGCAGCAGCAGCCACACACCGAGAUGAAACAGCCAGAGACACGACCACAGCAUGAAGUCCCGCAUCUCGGUAUCGUUUCGAGGACGGUGUUUGCCAGUCCGGUCGUCAAGUUCAUUCUCCCAGCAAACAUCCGACAGAAGAAGUUGAACGAUGUGGUCUUCAUCGGGGAGGAUUCCGUCCACCUGAAAGAGAUACGGGCUUACGGACACCUCCGUCAUAUCGCCUCCAAGUCUGACUUUCGAGGCCGGAUUCUUGCCGCGAGCAUCUUUGGCGAGCCCCGGAGACACGAAGUCCCUGCAACAGAUGGAACCCCAUUGAAAAGGGCGGUUUUGUCGUCUGAAAGACGAGAAGACGUGCAGAGCGUCGAAGCCAAAGACAUCUUACCACCGCAAGUCAUUGUGCUAACUCUCACCUCUAGAACUCUCAUGUUCUUGUGGGCGCAAUCGACUCAUACGGGCACUGUCCGCUUCUGCCAGAAGACAGUUCGCCUCCCGGCAGGAACCAUGCGCUAUGAUCGACCGGGAACGUUCCUCGCUGUCGACCCCAAAUGCCGUGCCAUAGCUGUAGCUGCGCCUGAGGGGCAAUGUCUUAUAUACAUGACAAAGAUGAUGGACAAUUGGCGAGACGAUAUUGAAGCUGGACGUGAUGUGGUUCCUAUAGAGCACGAACAACUCAUCCCCGUACAAGGGCGGAUCAUGCACAUGGAAUUUCUAUCUCCGGGUCUGCUUGAUCAAGAUGAGAGGGACGAGUUUCAUGUCGUUCUUCUAUUCAUUGUUGCGCAUGGCGGAAAGACGAAAAUAACCUGCUUUGACUGGGAUUCCAGAUACCCUUUGAGUAGAGUCACAGCUCGAGCUGAGAGAGUAGCAGUUGAUCCUGACGACCACAACCCUGCGCUCCUAGUCCCUCUCAACGAGAGCCCCGACUUUCUUCUAAUCUGUGGCCGUCAUAUAUCAAAAUACAAAAACAUUUUGUCCGGCCACCCAACACCUCUACGCUCGUCAAUACCCGACCACAUCCUACAGUAUGAACAGCCGGCCGAUAGCAAGGGCCCACCCCUGUGGGUACAAUGGGAGAGAGUCCCUCGCCAUGGCUCAAGCGAAGCUUUCUACAUUGCUCGAGAAGAUGGCGUGGUCAUCUAUCUCGAAGUUGGGAAUGGAAGCGAAAUGGUAAUAUACGAGGCUGGGAAAUGGGCGCAUCCAAUCGACAGGGCUUUUGCAAGUCUCGACGUUGAACACGGAUCUGGAAGAGCUCUCUUAAAUCCAGAUGUAUUGGUUGCGGCCGGCACAACGAGUGACGGGCAUGUUUAUAAAGUUGGGGCAUGGAUGGAGGAGUAUUCGAUGGGAAAAUCCUUUCUGGCCAACAACACCUUUGCAUUUGUGGAGUCGAUACCAAACUGGGCGCCGAUUGCUGAUUUGUGCGUCACAAGGCUGCCGGGUGCGCGAACGGUCGGCCAGCGAGACAGCAUCUUCGUCGCCAACGGAAGGACCCCUCAUGGAACUAUUUCGGAGCUGAGGCGAGGACUGAACGCAUUGGUGGACGGUUAUUCCGAAGGAAUGACGGGAUGCACUGGGCUGUGGGUAAUGGACUACGGUACAGAGAUCAUCGGGGAAGAAAAGCAACACUACGCUGUUUUACUUGUGUCUCUCCCGCCUGAGAGUUUUGUGGUCCGACUUUUCCACACGGAAGCAGAAGGCGGUGCCUGGGAUGAUGGAGAAUGGAGCAUUGCUCAUAUACCCGACGAUACGCAACCAGCCCAGGACGGAGUCUGCCGUGAUGAGGAGACUCUUGCCGCUUGUUGGGUCAGCCCCUCUCUUUCCGUCCAAAUCACUCGUAACAGUGCUCGACUCCUUCGACGGCAUGACUUGGGCCUGCUUGAUUCACUCACACUCCCGUUUCCAACACAACAAUCAGUCCCGUUCCCGGCGCCAGCACUUGCAGCGGCUGUCAAUUCCAACCUAGACAUUAUCGCGUAUGCAUUCAGAAAUGGCCAGCGCACAGUCCUCCAAGUCAUAAAAAUUUCAAGCGACGGCACUUUCGACUCAAACCCCGCUACCCAAGACCUCCCUUCCGAUCCAACAUGUCUCGAAUUCCUCAGCAUUGGCGGAGGGCCAUACAUCCUUGCGGGUACAUGGGAGAAUUCGAUAUGGAUUCUCAAACACGACGAGAGCAGUGUGACCCGAGUGUUUGAUUGCGCACUUGGGAGUGCUAGCAAUGGACCGAGGUUGUGUGAGACUGCCGUAGUGCUCACUUCCGGCUCGCACCAAAUUCUUCUUUGUGGCCUACGAAACGGACACCUACUCAUUUUUGACAUUGAUGUGUCGGGUCCUGACGGCUUUACUCUAGUUCCGAAACACGAAGUCAUCAUGGGGCCAACUGCUGCGCGGGUGACAAGAAGUGCAACGGACUCAUCUGCAGCAUUUGUAGCCUGUGGAUCGGAUUUUUGUCGAGUGCGGUGUACAAGAAAUCUUGGAUCAACCUCUAGCGUUGACAUUGAUUCUGUCUGGUUUACAGAUCACCAAACCCCUGAAUAUCAGCAAUCUCCAGUCACUGCAUUGGAUCAGCUACCUUUGACGAAGGGCGAUCAAGUGGGCAAAGAUCUCAGUGGCUUCAUUUUCGCAGUAUCAGGGAGCCGGCUCCUAUUUUCGCGGUUGGACUACGAUAUCAGAUGGUCACGACACGAGGCAGCUCUCUCCACAUUUGAACCGAACAAAGCUGUUCCACGAAGGCUGGAGACGACUGCCUCUCCGACGAAGCUGGUAUAUCUAGAGAAACUGCGCAAGAUGGUCGUGGCGACUACCGAGACCAGAGAAGAGCGAGCACCACCAGACGGAUAUCGUAGCAUACGAUCAGCCAUUCGACUCGUCAACAUGGAAGACGACGAGACCAGGAUUGAAAUUAAGCAAGAGGAGGAUAUCGAAGUUGAAGUGCGGAAGAGCAAGCUAAUCGUAGGCGAAUUCUGGCUGAAGAACUACGAGCGAGUGUACGCAAUAUUGGACUGGACAUAUGUCGACGAAAAGGGCAAGAAAUAUCAUUUUGUCAUUGUUGGAACCGGCAUCACUCAGCGUAACGGAAAAGAAACGGGCAGGAAACUCUUCCUCCAGGUCGCCGACACGAAUAUUAAGCUAAAGAAGGAGUCUACAUUCGAUCAUCCGGUGCGUUGUAUGGCGUUAUAUGGCCCGAACGAGCUCGUGACAGUCAUAGAUCGCUCUCUUACGUUUGAGUUGUACCAACCCUUGGAACCGAGAUGGAUAAAGCAAGGGCAGCUUCAGCUACCUUCUGCUGCCGUUCAUGUGACGACCGUCGCGCCUUACAUCUACGUCUCUACCGCUUCCGACUCCCACAUUUGCUAUCUAGUCAGAGUACAUCCCCUAGAAUCACGAAAGGUCGAGUUUGACAAAGUUUUCACCGACGGCCGUCAACGACUUUGUGCUCAUCACCUAGCCUUGCAAUUCUAUACCCCGCAACCGUUGCCUGAACCCUUGGCGCCUUCCUCGAUUUUGGGUCCACCUUCACAACCAGCAUCUCGUCUUGACACUCUGGUAUUAGUGGCCGACAAGGUUUGUUCAUUGGUCGGCCUAUUCCAACCCCCAGCCCGUCCGUAUCAAUCGGCCGCUCCCAUGGUCUUCGAGGCCAACCUGCCACGGUCCAUUACCCGCCUGCAGCGCGGCGAUGUUCGGCCGCCGUGGCGUCGUCCCGUUCGCUACGUGUCGUCCCCUCCGGGCGUCAGUUCUCCGACGAUACGAGGAGUCUUAGCAGACGACAUAAUUGGGACAUGUUCUGAUGGCACAGUGUACACUCUCAGCAUCGUGUCUGCACCGGCGCUCAAACUGCUCAAGUUUAUUCAGAACCUGGUUGAAGUGAAGGAGAAGCGGAACCUAGAGAACCAGCACUCCAUUGUCAGAAAUGAUGACGACGACGUGUUUAUGAAUGGUGCCGAAGAUGAGAAGCAAGAGCCUAUAAAAGCUAGGGAGGUUGACCCAGAGCACCAAAACAAGGGACAGGCCCGGGCUCGAGCGUGGUAUGUCGAUGGAGAUGUCAUCAUGCGGUUCCUCGAGGAGAAGGGUUUAAAUGGCCUGCUCACCGACGGCACCGAUACAGAAGCCAUUGAACGUUUGUUCUGGAAUCUGGUCGAAACUCUGAACCUGGAGAAAACUGAACAUGAAGUUCUGCCAGACUCAGACCUAGACUUGGUUGAGCAUGUUGAAACAUGGGUAUGGGAGCUUCUAAUGCCGGUUCUUUGA